AUGCAGCAGGCGGAGGAGGCCGUACAGACGGAGGGCUCCCAGCAGCUCCACCUGCAGGCCAACGACUCAUCCGGGAAGCAGCAGCCCAAGAGGUUACACGUCUCCAACAUCCCCUUCCGUUUCCGAGAUCCUGACCUGCGGCAAAUGUUUGGGCAAUUUGGCAAGAUUUUAGACGUGGAGAUUAUUUUUAACGAGCGAGGCUCCAAGGGCUUUGGGUUUGUAACAUUUGAAACAAGUGCAGAUGCCGAUCGUGCACGGGAGAAACUAAAUGGUACAAUCGUAGAAGGACGGAAAAUAGAGGUCAACAAUGCCACAGCCAGAGUAAUGACCAACAAAAAGGUGGCGAACCCUUACACAAACGGCUGGAAGCUGAAUCCAGUGGUUGGAGCUGUAUAUGGUCCUGAAUUUUAUGCAGUGACAGGCUUUCCAUACCCCAGUACAGGAGCAGCCAUGGCCUAUAGAGGGGCCCAUUUGAGAGGGAGGGGCCGGGCCGUCUACAACACGUUCCGCGCCGCACCUCCUCCUCCACCUAUCCCUGCCUACGGAGCUGUGGUGUACCAGGAUGGCUUUUAUGGUGCGGAAAUAUAUGGAGGUUAUGCAGCUUACAGAUAUGCCCAGCCGGCUGGUACUGCUGCAGCUGCAUACAGUGACAGUUAUGGCAGAGUCUAUGCAACAGCAGACCCAUAUCACCAUACGAUCGGUCCUGCGGCUACUUACAGUGUAGGCACUAUGUAAAUAAAAGAAAGACUAGAGGGAUGAGUUCAGAUGGACAUCAGCUAAAAAAAGAGAGAGAAGAACAACAUGGACACAGAGGGACACUAAAAAAAGAUGACCUUAAACAAAAAGAGCAGAUUUGUAAAGGAGCCCUUCUACCAACAAUGGAAGGGGUCAAGGAAGAUGGAAGGAAGGGAUGGACGGAGGAUGUUUCUGGGCCUGCUCUGAGGCCAGGGCCUGAACCAUUGAGCCUGUAGUCCGGGGGGGGAGGGGGGAAUGGAAGGGGGGGUGUGGGCGACGGGAGACCACUCACCCCUGCAAAAACAAGCCUUGCUGAGUGGAGGAGACCAAUUAGAGAAGUCGACAUAAAACAUUUUAUUUUUGUAAACUUUUUUAAGUUUAUGAUUUCAAAGGAAAAAAAAAAAAGAAGCAAACGCUACUGUACAUACGUAUUAUAUAGUAUAUGUGUGUAAUAUAGUAAGUAUGUCUUUGAAAAAAAGAAAAUGACAAAGGAAAGUGGAGAACGCUGAUGUGUCUUUGCAAGUGAAAAGACAGUCCGACAACAUCCUUUCCCCGCCCGCCCCCACCUGGUGGACGACCUUCCACCACCACGCCCCACCCACCUCACUCUCCACUGGAUGGGGGUGGUGGUGAUGAUGGGGAGAGGGCAGAUUGUGUGUGUGUGUGUGUGUGUGUGUUGAGAGCUCACAGGUCCAGCAGACAUGUCACAUGGUGACCUGUAGUGGAGAUAACGGAGGGUUCUUCAGAUAGUAAAAAAAAAAAAAAAGAAGCUUUUUUUCUGAGCCUGUCUUCCACUAACAAACUACAGCCGUGUCGUUGUCCAUUUACCCGGCAACGUUUUCUGUCAAUUAGUCUGUAUUUUGUAAAAUUCACAACAACAACAACAA